AUGCACAUGCAGGGUUUUGGCUGGUCGGCAAACGCCGUCUCAAUGUGGCAGCCGACAUUUUUGCCGUGCUUAGCGGCUUCGUCUCCCUGCAAAAGCCGGGCACCGACGAGGACUGGCAACGUCUCGGCCGGCGGCUUCUGCGCGUUCUCCCGGCACUUUGGCUCUCGAUGCUAUGGAGCUUCAUCCUACUACCCCUACCUCCUGGCAAAGCUCUGCGCUGCGCGCUGCUGGCAGAGAUGUGGGGCGAGGCCGUUGCAUGCAGAGAUUUGCGAGGGAGGGCAAAGCCUUGGCUGA